UGAGGUCCGAAAAAAAACUCGAACGUUGGCCCGGCUCAAAAACCCCAUCCAUAUGUAUAAGGAAAAAAUAUUUCUCGAUUCCCAGACUUUUAGGAAUUUUAAAAAUUCAACAAUCCAAUUAUCAAAAAAAAGUCUUUCUAUUUUCAGACAUUCACCAUUAAUUUUAACUUCCUUUUCAAUUCAAAAAACAACAAAAUUUUUGACAAAAUAAAUUUACUAAAAAUACAUUCCAAUGCUAUUUUGCUCCUUUGCCGUGCCCUUUUAUUAAUUAUAAAUAAAUUUAAAAUAAAAAUAAUAUUUCAAUUAAUAACAAAUAAAGAGAAUGAUCAACCACCUAUUUUUGCUUACCUCACAACUUUUUUACAAAAUUUUCAAGUUGAGAUGGGAAAUGAGUUUUUUGAGUUGUUUACCUCUUCUAAUUUGUCUGAAUGGCAUUUUAAAAAAUUUUUGGGAAAAUUGAAUUUGGUUAAGAAUGAUGAUUGGGUACCUCGAGGUACUUGGCUUAUUACUGGUGGAACGAGAGGGAUUGGAUUGGAGGUGGGAUUUUUAUUUCUCUGUUUUAAAUCAAGCAAUCUUUAUCAAAAUAAAAACUUAACUUCAAGAAUAACCUUCACAAAGACUAAUGUUUAA